CGAUAUGACGUCAUAAGUGUGCGCCACACUGUUGUAAUUUGGCUGAAGAAAGAAAAACUCCUGGUGAAGGUGCUUACAUGAGAUCCACGUGACGCAUUAUUAUAAAGAUGGCGUUUAUUAAAGAGGAGAGUGAAGACAUCAAGAUUGAAGAAACAUUCAAAGUGAAACAAGAAGAUACUGAGGAAAAAACAGACCUAAGGGUGCUGAAAGAGGAGAGUGAAGUACUGAAUGAAAUGGAGAAGAAUCAAUGUGAGAAUCAUUAUGAUUUGAUAACUGAAGAAAAUUCUUUCAGUUGCUCACAGAAUCACAAUGAAGAGAAGCCUGUCACAUACCCUCAGUGUGGGAAGACUUUUGAUCAAGAUGAAAACCUUAAAGCCCACAUGACAAUUCACACUAUAGAGGGUCCUUUCAUCUGCCAUCAGUGUGGGAAAAGUUUCACUCAAAAAGGAAGCCUUAACAGGCACAUGAGAAUUCACAAUGGAGAUAAGCCUUACAUGUGCCCACUGUGUGGAAAGAGUUUUAAUCAACAUGGAAACCUCGAAGUCCACAUGAAGCUUCACACUGGAGAGAGGCUUUUCCCCUGUCAACAUUGCGGAAAAAGUUUCAACCGAAAAGGAAACCUUAAUUACCACAUGAGAGUUCACACUGGAGAGAGUCCUUUCACUUGCCAACAAUGUGGAAUAAGUUUCACUGUAAAGGGAAGCCUUGUUAGGCACAUGAGAAUUCACACGAGAGAGAAGCCUUACAAAUGCCCUCAUUGUGAAGAGAGUUUUGAGCAACAUGGAAACCUUAAAGUCCAUAUGAGAAUUCACACUGGAGAGAAGCCUUAUGUGUGCUCCCAGUGUGAAAAGAGUUUUGAUCAACAUGGGAAUCUUAAAGUCCAUAUGAGAGUUCACACUGGCGAGAAGCCUUACACAUGCCCUCAGUGUGGAAAGAGUUUUGAUCAACAUGGGAAUCUUAAAGUCCACAUGAGAGUUCACACUGGAGAGAAGCCUUACACAUGCUCUCAGUGUGGAAAAAGAUUCACUCAAAAAGGACACCUUGAAGUCCACAUGAGAAUUCACACCGGAGAGAAGCCUUUUACCUGCCAACAGUGCGGAAAAAGUUUCAAACGAAAAGGAAUACUUAAAAGGCACAUGAGACUUCACGUCGGAGAGAACGAGUUUCAAUCAGCAUGGAAACCUUAAAGUCUACAUGAGAGUUCACACCGGAGAGAAGUCAUAACCCUAUGGGAUAUGACAUAACCCGAAGUACCACAUGAGGACUCACUUAAGAGAGAACUGUCAUCAUCAGUUUGGUUCCAGACAGGAAACAUCUUAGGAAUCACGUAACUAGGGCUGUCGUGGUAACCGCAAUAUUGUAGUACCGCGCUUCUGACAAGUCAACCGCAGAGGAUUGCUCGUAACCGCAGCAACCGC